UGGAGCAGCAACCCGCCACCACCACCACCGCCACCGCCACCUCCGAUGCACCAACUGCAACUGCCGCCGCCUCAUGCGUUGCAACUGCGCGGCAACAACUCGUUGUUGUCCCCGAUGCAACUUCAGCAGCAGCAGCAACAACAGCAGCAGCAACAACAGCAGCAACAUCAAGAGCAGCAGCAACAACAGUUGGCCAGCAGUCGCAGUCGCCUCAUGUCGCGCAUCUUCUAAAGAUGUGUUCGCCCCUUCCCCCCUUUUGACCUCUGACCCGCCCCUCUGUAAAUACCCCAAGUCUUUUGCACUAUCUAAAAGAUUACCCCUUGGCCCCUUGCCCUUUCCCUCACCGCCCCCUGACGAGCUGCCACUCUGAAAGCUAAGCACACACGACACGACAUGUAACGACACGUUAGGACACGACCAGAGGCAUUUAAUACCAAAGCAAUAACCGUUAUGUAAUAUAAUUUUAAUGCAUUUUUUUUUCUGUCCAGCUAAAAACAUACGAAAAAACAAAACAAAAAAAAACAUAUUACCAUUACAUAAUUUGCACAAUAAUCAAUUUUUUUAAACAAUUUUUUUUUUAUAAAUAUUUUUACGUAAUUUAUAAACAAAAUUGAGAAAGAGAGCGAGAGAGCGAGAGCAGCAGCUGCAGCCAGGACACUCGUUCUGCCAGCGACACAUUUUCCAGUGUAUUUAUAGCAAUUAAGCAACAAACAAAAUUUGUAUAAAAACAAACAAAACAAGCAAACAUUAUUGAAAAAACCCAAAAAAAAAAAAAAAAAAAAAAAUCAUCUACAACAACUAUGUGAAAAGACCCACUAAAAACGUAAAACAAAAAAAAAAAAAAAAACCAAAAAAAAAACAAACACGAAUUGCGCUCCCAGUGAGCGAAAUUAUACGCUAAAUUUUACUAUAUAAAAACACAUAUGACAUAAACAAAUUAUAUAUAUAUAUCUUUUUUUUGUGUGUAUUUAAGGUCGCGUAUUUGUUAAACAUCGAUGUACAUUUUAGUAAAUCUAAAUCUAGAAAUCUAGGUACUAAAGAGCAACACUUGUAAAAAUCGUAUUGAAUAUAUAAACAAUAUUGUAUGUAUCUACUAUUAUUAUUAUUAUUAUUAUUAUAAAUAAUUAUUAUAAUUAUUAUUAUUUCAAUUUUUUUUUGCUUUUUUUUAUUUGAUUUCGAUACAUUUUUUUGCCUAGGAAAUAGUUCGAUUAUUAUUAAAUGUAAUUAAAAACAACACGAAAAUAAUCAAAUUUUUUACAUACAUAAAUAAAUCUAUAAAUGUAAAACACAUUUUUUUUUUAAACAAAACAAAACAAAACAAAACAAACAAAAAUGAUAGUUUAAGUAUUGCAGCAAAAUGAAAAACAAAAACAAAAAAAAAACCGAUGAAAAUGCAGUCGAAAUAAAAA